AGAGAGAGAGAGAAGCAUGUAAAAGAGAGAGAGAGAGAGAGAAGGAUGCAGGAAAAAGAGAGCAAGAGAGGGACGGGCGCAAGAAAGAGAAAGAGAGAGAAGGAUGCAGGAAAGAGAGAGAGGGGAAGAAGGGUGUAGGAAAAAAAUAGAGAGAGAGACAGAGAGAUGCAGAGAAGAGAGAAGGACUUAGAAAAAAGAGAGAGAGAGAAGAACGCAGAAAAAAAGAGGGAGACAGAAAGAGAGAAGGACACAGGAAAAAGAGAGACGCAAGAAAGUAAGAGAGAGAGGGAGAGUAACAUGAGAAAGAGAGAAGGUCGCAGGAAAAAGAGAGAGAGAGAGAGAGAGAGAGAGAGAGAGAGAGAGAGAGAGAGAGAGAGAGAGAGACGCAAGAAAGUAAGAGAGAGAGAAACAGAAAAGAGAGAGAAGGACGCUAGAAAAAGGGAACGAGAUAGAGAAAGAGAUAGAGAGAAAGAAAGAGACAAGGAUGUGGAAAAGAGCGAGCGAGAGAAAGAGAGAGACGGAUGCCGGAAAAAGAAAGAGAGAAAGCGACAGAGAAAGACCCAGGAAAGAGAAAGCGAGAGAGAAAGACGCAGGAAAGAGAGAGAGAGUGAGGGAGAGAAAAUCAACUUGAUCUGAAUAUGAUAUUAUCCAAAUUAGGAAUGUCUUGAUUCAACAUGGAGAAUGCAGUAAUACAGCAUAAAUAACGAAAUAAACCAUUUGAAGAACUGAAAGACAAUUAGUGAUUAGAGACAUCUCCACCAGAGUCCAGUAAUGUAUCACAGCCAUAAAAGUGAUGGUUAUGCCUGGACAAAGAACAUUACAUUAUAACAUCCAUCACAUGUUGCUCUUAGCUAGCGAUCAACGCGCUAGCUUUGGUCUCCAGGAAGUGAGCGCUAUCACCCGUGUAAUUUAUGGAACUACUUGAAGAUGGAUUUGAAGUGUUACCAUGGUUUGUUUGUCUCAUGAAAGCAAUCAACUGGUCAUACAUAUAUUUGAAUUAUUUCACAGAUGCAGUUUAUCAUUGCUGCAUUAGGACGGUUAGAAUGAAUUAGGCUUUGCUACACAUCUUAAAAGGAGCUGUAAAUGUGAUCCUUUAGUCUUCCUAGCAUGAUGAUGUGUUGAAGCGUGAUGAUGUUUGGAUGCU